AAGACGCACAGUCAGUUGUGGAUCAGUCAUACUAAUGUACGGACACACGCACACUCGCAGACAGAAUGGAUCACGCUUGGUUUCUACGCACAGUUCUGCUUUUAUUCGCCUUACCUGGAGGGUGGUUUAAACCUGUUAUCACUCCCGAUGCCCCUCAUCUGGUGAUACUUAAAGGUGGACAACUGGAACUCCGUUGUCAUGACAAUGCAGAGGCAAGCAUGGGCAUAGUGCAAUGGCUGCGGGACAAAGGUCGGAAAAUCGAUGGAGAGCUAAAGGAAGACGGAGCCAGUGUCAUCCUUCUCACCUCCACACAGAUACAGCAUAUGGGCCGUUACACCUGUGAGAACAAUCUAACGGGAGAGAGCAGCUCUAUCUAUGUCUACGUGAAAGAUUUGAGGAACGCUUUUGUGCAAUCCAUGGUGAAUGGGCUUCUGGUGAGGGAAGGAGGGGAUUGCACUAUUCCUUGUUUAGUAACAGAUCCAGCUGUCAAUCACCUGUCCCUGUUGACCUGUGCUGGCACAGCCUUACCAGCUGGCCUCACCUACAUCACACACCCUCAGAGAGGGAUCACCAUAAGAAACGUCUCCAAAGCCUUUGAUGGCUGCUACGUUUGUGCAGGGCAGAUGGAUGAAAAACCUGUGAAAUCAAGCCAUUAUAACUUGGAUGUGCGGCUAGUCCCGGAGACAGUGCCAGUGAUCAGCCUAUCCAGAAUGGAAAAUGUGAUUCUGAUCCAGGAUCAGGGGUUUGAGCUCACCUGUAGCAGCAUCAACAUCAACCAUGAUUUCUACCUGAACUGGAGUAUCCCUUCGGAAUCGACAGCAAAGGAAACAACUAACUCUAACGUCCUGCCUGAUUCUCGAGGAUAUCUGCGCUCAGCAACACUAAAAUUCAAUUCUGUGAAGAUGAAUGACUCAGGAGUCUAUCAAUGCAAUGCGAAGAAUGAGAAGGGUGUCUCCAUGGCAACUGUCAAUCUGGAGGUUUACGAGCGUGGUUUCAUUAACCUUACAGAGGGAGAGGACAGUGUAGCGGAGGUGCGAGAGGGAGAGAGUCUGACCCUUAGCGUGGAGAUGACUUCAUACCCCAAACCCUCUGAAAUCUACUGGUCGUAUAACAACCAACAGCUCAAAAACACAUCCGAGCACGUCAUUACACUGCACAACCAGCAGUACAGGUUCAUCAGUGAACUGAGGCUGGUUCGAAUUCAUGGAUCAGAGGGCGGGAUCUACACUUUCUCAGCCAAUCACAAAUAUGCAUCUGUCAAUCAGUCAUUCACCGUCCAUGUUAUGUGUAAACCAGUGAUAGUUUCCCAGGAGGGGCCGGUUGAUGGACAGGUGCGGUGUGUUGCAUCAGGAUAUCCUGUCCCCAAAAUAUCUUGGUAUUACUGCGAGCCGCCACAUACACGGUGCUCCCUUCUGUUGAAUGCGACGCAGGCCGAUGAGGAAGUUGCUGUUGUAACAGUGUCAGGAUCAGAGUUUGGACGAAGCGAGGUGGAAAGUCGACUUAAUAUCAGCAAAGGAAAAUUUCACACUCUUGAGUGUGUGGCAAAAACCCAGAGCGAGCAUGCCUACACCCUCUUUUCCAUCAGCGAAAGAACUGUGCCCCAUAAACUCUUCACACCUCUGUUGUCUGGUGUCGUCUCCACUGCUGUUCUGCUUAGCUUACUUGUGGUGGUUCUGCUCUUCAAAUACAUGCAGAAACCCAAAUAUGAGAUCCAUUGGAAGGUGAUUGACAGUUUUGAUGGCAACAGUUAUACCUACAUAGACCCGACGCAGCUGCCUUAUGACCCCAAAUGGGAGUUUCCACGGGAAAGACUCCGCUUUGGUAGAAUCCUUGGCUCUGGAGCGUUUGGUAAAGUGGUGGCAGCUACUGCAUAUGGGCUCCUAUCAGCUGACACAGUGACCACUGUUGCUGUAAAAAUGCUAAAACCGAGCGCUCACUCCACUGAGAAAGAGGCUCUAAUGUCAGAGUUGAAAGUUCUGAGCUACAUUGGCAACCACAUGAACAUUGUCAACUUGCUUGGCGCCUGUACAGUAGGAGGCCCAACUCUGGUGAUCACAGAAUACUGUUGCUAUGGCGACAUGUUGAACUUCCUGAGAAGAAAGCGGGAUGCGUUUUUCAGUUCCAAAACAGGCGAUGGAUAUUACAAAAAUCUGCUCAGCCAAAUACAGCCUUCAAGAGAGGGCACUGAUAAUGGUUACAUGCCCAUGAGGUCGUAUCAGAAGAGAUCGAAUCAGACAGAAUGGUGUGAUGACAAAGAUGAUCUCUCUUUGGAUACUGAGGAUUUACUCAGCUUCUCAUAUCAAGUGGCUAAAGGCAUGGACUUCCUCACAUCCAAAAAUUGUAUCCACAGAGAUCUGGCCGCUAGGAAUGUUUUACUGACUCAGGGUCGGGUAGCAAAGAUAUGUGAUUUCGGUCUGGCACGUGACAUCACUAGAGAUUCCAGCUACGUCCUGAGAGGAAAUGCACGUCUACCAGUGAAAUGGAUGUCCCCAGAGAGCUUGUUUGCUUGCGUGUACACUUUUGAGAGUGACGUCUGGUCCUAUGGCAUCUUACUGUGGGAGAUCUUCUCUCUGGGUAACACGCCUUAUCCGGGGAUUCAAGUUGGAUCCACAUUCUAUAAGAUGAUACAAGAUGGAUACAGAAUGACUGAGCCUGAGUUUGCCCCAAUUGAAAUUUACGAGGUAAUGAGAUGGUGUUGGAGUGCUGACCCUCUGAAGAGACCAACCUUUAAAAAACUGGUGGAAAGGACUGAACUCCUGCUGUCGGAAACCACCAAACAUGAUUACUUGAAUCUCAGCACUAGUGGCAGCUGUGAGGCGUUUGCUCCUCCAGACCUGGAGAGGGCACAACGGCUGAGUUCUGUGGGCAGCUCAACAGCCUCCUCAACUCAACCCCUGCUGCAGGCGACAAAUGAAGUUUUUUUGGAACAUCAGAGCAUAUAAAUGACAUCACGUUCUUUGUUUUGCCUCAAAAUCAUUCUCUCAAUGGGUUUGACCUAAAAGCCUUAACCUCCAUUUAAAUACUGACUUUGUGGCAUUUAAGGGCAUCUCCUAAGAUUCCCUGCUCUCUGCUGGCUCAAUGCAACUCCAUUAGCCUUGUCUUCCAUUAUAUUUCAAAUUACUCAAGACACAGCAUGUCCAGCCAUAUAACAUAUUUUUUCUAAAUGCAGCUGGGCUCCAUUUUAUUGUAUUGAUUAUAGUAUUUUGAGUGCAUGAGCAGCUACCAUGGCCAGGCAAGCAUUUAGAUAUAGAACCUAAUGUUACCUCACCAGAUAAAUGACCAGCUCUACUGAUGACAUCAUCGUGCAGUGAGUGUCUCUGUGAUGAUGUCGUGUUCUGUAUUCUUUUGUCUUUGUGUUUGACUGGGUGAACAACUGCGAUUAUGUCUUAGUGCAAGUAACAGUAAGGUGGGUAAGUGGUAAAGGUGUUAAACCCAAAGUGAAUCUUGUGUAAUGUGUCUCUAACUGAAGCACUUAAUACCAACGAACGGAGGUUCUCGUUCAUGCAUACUGUUUUCAGCAUGUCAUUACUCUCAGGCGAGU